GGCUUUCACAUCACAGUGUUUCACAGUCGCAGCAUAAGACACAAUACCAUGGCUAAGAUUUCUACUUUGUCCCUGCUGGUGUUGGUGCAGGUCGCUGCCGGACUCUAUUACGAGAGCUUUCCGUUGGUGUGUCCCCUUAAGCAGGACGUGCAGUACGAAGACAAAGUCAUACAAGCCACCUACUUGGAGGUCGUUCAGGAACCCUUGGUCGCUACGCACGUUCAUCUCAAGACUGUUUACCAGACAACCACACUGCCCGUCACUGCCACCCACGUCCACACCGUCACUGCGCCACCGCCCAAUGUCACCGUCACACAGGUCCAGCUCCUCGAGACUCAAGUGCCACUCACGCUGACGCAGAUCGAGACCGUCACAAGGAGACUCAGCGAGACCGUCCUCGACGUGGCCACACGAACGGCAACCAACUACCACACCCUCGUGGAAACCGUGGCCGUGCUCCAGACCCACUUUGACACCGUGACGGAGGUCCAGACGCGCCUGCUCGAUGUCACGCUUACGGUGCACGAGACCCAGUUUUCCACGCUCACCUGGACACUGAGUCAGCUGGAGACCCAGCAGCUGGUGGAGAGCGUGAAGGAGACGAGCGUGACGACCACCACGGAAUAUGUUCCUCGAUACACAACCAACACUCACACGCUCACCAAGAUGGUGACGCAGACUGUGUGUCCGCCGAGUGCACAACAGUCGCUCAAAUGGUGAAAUGUUCAUAUUAUGUUGUCUACCAUACUUUUUCUUUGUAAUAAAUUGAGUCGAGAAGAAAAA